AUGGCCUACAAGCCUUUACAGUUUGUUAUCGCUCUCGCUUUCGUUGCUGCCGCCAGCGCUGCUGUCAUCGUACCCAGUGCUCCCGUUUUGGCCAAGACUGUCGAACUUGAAGAAUACGAUCCUCAUCCCCAAUACAAAUACGGUUAUGAUGUGCAAGAUGCUCUCUCGGGUGACAACAAGGGUCAUGUUGAAGAACGUGAUGGUGAUAUCGUUCGUGGUGAAUACUCUUUGAUCGAUGCUGAUGGUUACAAACGUACCGUCAGCUAUGUUGCUGAUCCCAUCAACGGUUUCAACGCUGUCGUCCGUCGUGAUCCUCUUGUUGCUGCUGCUCCCGUUGUUGCUGCCGCUCCCAUUGUCAAAGCUGCCCCCGUUGUUGCUGCCGCUCCAGUAGUUAAAGCAGCUCCAGUUGUUGCUGCCUCAUAUGUUGCCCCAGCCGCUUAUGCCGUCAGAAAUUUGUAA